AUGAUGCUCUACGAUGCGCUAGCCCAGGAAGAUGCAGAGCACAUGUAUGAGGCUUGGAAGAAAAGACUUGACGCUGCACAGAAGGAGAUUGUUGACUUUGUCAUCAAGGAAGUUGGAGGUGACGUGGUGGGAGAGUUUGGUGGCUAUCUCGAAAAAGGGUCCUACAACAUCUGCCUGGUCGUCAAACUCAACGCAAAGCCUACACAUGUCAUACGCUUUCCCCAGCCAGGAACAACAGCUACAUGUUUCUUGGAUGAGAAAGUUCGAAAUGAAGUCCAAGUAAUGGAUUUAUUGCGCAGGACCACGAUCCCGCUACCGAAAGUAUACAGCUGGGGUCUGACUAGCGAUAGCCCGUCACAGCUUGGCCCGUAUAUCAUAAUGGAGUAUGUUGAAGGCAAACCAUUGAUCGAAGAGUUACGAAGACCUACAAAUACCGAUGACGGUGCCGAGAUGGAACUCUGGAAAAACUUGGGCAACCCAAGAGUUCUUCAUGCCUACAGCCAAAUAGCCGACUAUCUGCUGCAAAUACAUCAGCUGGAUUUCAAUGCUGCCGGUGGUUUAAGAAUGAGCAGUUCAGACCAAUGGGUUGCUAGCGAGCGACCUGUCACCGAUAACAUGAACAUUUUAGCAAGGAACAUUCUGAGUUACCCAACCGAGUACUUCCCUACUACAAGCAUCUCAUCUCCAAAGGCCUACUUUGAGCAGGUCGCCGAUCAACACCUAGCUCAUCUUCACACCCAAAGAAACGCCGUGGAGAACCGUGAAGACGCUAGAAGAUGUUUCAUCGCUCGCCAUCGCCUCAAGCAAUCGAUCGACCAAUACCUGUUAACCGACACCGAAACAAGCCCCUUCAAGUUAUAUUGCUGGGACCUUCGCCCGUCUAAUAUCCUCGUAGACGACGAUCUGAACGUCAAAGCUGUCCUGGACUUCGAAUUCUGUAACGCUCUGCCCGUGCAAUUCGCCCAUGAUCCACCGUGGUGGCUUACCAUAUUGCGCACCAACUACGUGGAUCGACAAUGA